AUGCAGAGGGAUGGCCUUCGAGGACUCAAGGUUUGGAAUGCCGAUAGAACCCAAAUUAUCUCGGUGUCCGCCUCAACAGUCGAUGAGCUCCGAGACGACGUCUGUUCUCAAUUCGGCAAUAUGUAUCAGGCGAAUCGCUCGAAACUCCGCGUAGUUCUCGAAUCAGAUGGAGCCGAGGUCACCAAUGAUCUCCUGCGCGCUGCCAUGAUCACAGACUCCUCCUUGGUCGUUCUCUUACCGCACGAAAAUUGGGUACCUGCAUCGGUUGACGCCAUUAGAGUUGUCAUCAACGCUAUUCCCCAGAUCGUUUGCGAGGCUAUGCGAUCUUUAGAACUUUUCAACACAGCGCCGACAUGGAAAAUCAUGGAGCACAAAGGUCGUGUGACAGUGGUUCUUUCGUGGGAGCCCCAAGAUCGGAGACCCCGUGCGCCGGAGUUCAAACUCGAGGUUCACCCCGACGUCGUGAUGCCUCAGGCUCCCCCCUCGAAAUCGGCAACGACGACGAUGACAUCCGGCGUUCCUCCGACUACGCUGCCGACAGCGACGGGCGCUAAGCAUAGCACUGCCACUUAUUCAAGAAGUAAAUCCCCGAUCCCACCGAGUGCGACGGCGCCACAAUCCACUUCAGCCUGGAGUCAGUUCGACCGAGAGCGCCACAUGGAACUAUUGACUCGUCUAGCACAUGCAAAACGGUCGGCGCAUCGGCCGCCGUCGGAUUUUUUCCGACAUCGUGAGACCAGUGAGAAGGACCGCGAGAGGACCGAGAGACGCAAACGGCAUUCUUCUCACCAGGACCGACACGGCAGCCAUGAACAGGAGUGUGACUUCCACUGCUCGGCUCUUCAUCAGCAACAGCACAAAGCGACACUCAACUCGCCCAUCAUAGACUUACCGGAGAUGGCUCUGGGUCCGCCAGGUGUUUUCGGUCACGGCGGAGGAGGCAUGCCCAUUCCCCCGUCAGCGAAAAACGUUCAUUUCGAAGCGACAGCCAGAGCGAGUAUCCCUCAAGCCCGACAGUCGACCGCAGAUAUCGCCGCCGCAGCAGCAGCAGCGACCUCCUCAACUAGUGCGGGCGCGGCUGUAAGUAGUACGACGACGACGGCGGCCGGGGGCGGGGGAGCAGCAACAACGGCGGCAUCUACCGAAGGGCCGGGAGUAUCGUCAUCGACGUCAGGACUACAGGUUCCAGAAAACCAGCGGAACAACAACGAAAGCGAAAGUCAGGACGACGACGAGAUUUUGAAUAGAUACCUGUUGCUGGUAGAUGACUUGGCUGGAGGUUCUCGAGACAUGGAUCAUCUCACCGUCAAGGAUAUCGGAGCCAUACUCGAUCUGUUAAGUUCAAGAGUUGUUGAUGUAGAUAAGCUCGAACGUGAGAAGGAAACCUCCGAUAUUCACAACUGGACCAUAAAAGCAACGAUACGCGGCGGCAAUCUCGUCACCGAAGUAGGCUUGGUCUACAAGGGACGGUAUAUUUGUCUUGUAGACCACCCUGGGUACUUCUUCGCGAAGCCGUUGGGUCCGACAGGCGACGACUGUCCAACGUUCUAG